CAAAGAGGACUAGACGUCGGAAAUGAUGACGAUUCGCAACGUCACCUGCCAUUCAGGUAUACUGUAUACUGUAUACGCUAGCUACCCCGCAGGGUCCUGGGACAUCGUGGCUAUCCAAGCUUAAAAUUUAGUGCCAAAAUACUCUAUAAUUAUUAAUUGAAGAAAGUUUCAUUUCAUUGACUUGCGAAAACUAUACUGCUGGAGCAUUUGCUUCUUUCAAGACCAUAAAUCUAUCAUGGCAGGACAAAAGCAUCCACCCAGCAAACUGACCACAUCUCAGACCGACGAGGAGAAGGAAAAUAUCGCCGUUGUCAAAGAAUACAUGCGCAUAUCCUACUCGCCGACCGAGAACCACGGACGCGAAUCCGUCCAGCAUCUCUGUACCCCGGACAGCGUCUUCAUUGCGCCGACUACUUUCCCCGAGUCCCACACACCUCUGGACUAUGCUGAUUCGCAUGCCAAGGUCAUGUCGGCCAUUGCAGACCUGCACAUUGUCUCGUUCGACGUCGUCUUCGCAAAGGGCCCGCACGUCCUCCUGCGCUACUCGGCAGAGGGCUCGCACUGCGGGAAGCCCCACAACGGGAUCGAGCCGACGGGCCGCAAGGCGCAUUGGACCGCCGCGGCCAUCUUCGAGGUCCGCGACGGCAAGGUCUAUAGCUUUACAAAGGAGUGGGAUAAGCUGCAUAUGUGGAAACAGCUGGGCUGGAUGAGCGGUGAUGAAUACGUAUGAUUAAUUAUAUAUACCAGGACGUGGGAGUUUGGAUGAGCUGGGAGUAACGACUGUACGAAUCGCGAUAUUUUAUUGAUUGAUGAUAUAUUUAUUUACUGGUAUGAACAGGCUAAAUCUUAUGAUGGG